UUUAAAUUUUUUUAAAGAAAAGAAUCUCUGCAAAUCGAAGUAGCUUUUGGUACGUCCAUGUCUUUCCGCCAUGGAAAUAAAGCCAUCUGUUAUCAAUGCCUUCCUAUCAUCAAUGCCUUUUCGUCUCUCGGGUUUCCUUUUCUAAUUCUCCCCUUUUACUCUCUUAAACACUUCUCCCCGAUUCGCCGCCAAAGUCUCUCUAUUCCAAAAUUAGGGUUCGUAACCCUUCACUUGUUUCGGAGUUUUCUAGGUUUAUAAAGGUCUUUUACUUGAUCGGGAGUCUUGUUUGGUUUCGAGCACAACAAAAAGUGUUGUGUAAUAAUGGACGACGGUGAGGUUGAGUUUCCACUUAGCAGCUCUUCCAUGGAUUCUUUCUUCGAUGAGCUUCUUAGGGACUCUCAUGCUUGUACCCACACUCACACUUGCAACCCUCCUGGACCAGAGAACACACAUACACACACAUGUCUCCAUGUCCACACCAAGAUUCUUCCUGCUCAGACCGAGGACAAAGAAACAACCGAUGACACAUCUGAAUCUUCAGGGAACAAGAUCAAGAAGAGGCCUUUGGGGAACAGAGAAGCGGUUAGAAAGUAUCGAGAGAAGAAGAAGGCUAAAGCUGCUUCGCUGGAGGAUGAAGUCAUGAGGCUCAGAGCUGUGAAUAGCCAGCUCAUGAAGAGGUUGCAAGGUCAGGCUGCAUUGGAAGCUGAGGUUACGAGGCUCAAGUGUUUGCUUGUGGAUAUAAGAGGAAGAAUUGAAGGAGAGAUUGGCGCCUUCCCUUAUCAGAAACCUCAGCCUUUCUCGUAUACAAUGCAGCCUUGCAAUAUGCCAUGCCAUGUUGACAACAACUUGUACUGCCUUCAAGAUGGGGACAGUGGAGAAGGUACCAUGUUGAUGAAUGAUCAAGGGCUCAAUGGUUGUGAGUUUGAUCAGCUUCAAUGCUUAGGUGAUCAGAAUUUAGCUGGCUGUAGUAAUGGGAAUGGAACAUUCAGCGUCAAUGCAUCCGAGACUAAUAAGAGAAAAGGUGGGACUCCUGCAGCUAAAGCAGUUUAAAUAUCAUUAGUCAUGCAAUUCUAUCCAUUUUCAAAAGGCUAUAGUUAAAUUGGCUUCCAAUAAGUAUUAGAGUUUCAACUGCAUCACCAGCUUGUCUCCAGGUCCCUUUGUACUAUUAUUAUUUUUUUGAAUCUCUUUUUUGCGUUUCUUAUGUAAGUGCAUUUCUUUGCUGAGCUCGUGGAAACGCUAAAAGUAAGACUUGUUUAUAUUCAAGUCAAAUUAUGCCAGUGUUCUUGCCCUUUGGCUUUGUAUUUUAGUAACUUCUUUUUUUAAGCUCUGAUGGAAGAGGUUGAAUAAUGCAUUUGG